UCAUAUUAUCUAGGGGACGAGCCUGUUGAGUGAUACUUCUAUCAAAGAGAUACCCAAAACACCAAAACAAAUGGAUCCUCUAUAUCUCCUUCUCUUGCUUCUUCUCAUGUUUGCUUCCACCACAAACGCCCAAUUCCCAGCGAGCUACUGUGGUUCGACCGGCAACUUCACCGCCAACAGCACCUACCAAACCACCCUCACCACCCUCCUCUCCUCCAUCUCGGCCAACAACUCCUUGUCCCUCUCCUACAGCUUCUUCAAUGCCUCUGCCGCUGUCUCCGGCGCCUCUCAAACCAUUUACGUCUUUGGCCUCUGCCGCGGUGACUUAACCACCGUGAGUUGCAGAGCCUGCCUCGAUUCCUUGUCCUCCGAUAUGCGCCGCCUCUGCCCCCUCCAGAAGGAGGCACUCCUCUACACCGGGAACUGCAUCAUCCGGUACUCGAACGCCUCAUUCUUUGGCGCAAUCGCAACAGAACCCACCUACGUGGCAAGAACCUCUGACAACGUCUCGAGCCCGGACACAUAUGACACAGCGAUGAGGAAGCUCCUGAACGGUCUAUGGGCCGAGGCGGCGGGUGGCGGCUCGCUAAGAAAGUAUGCGUCAGGCAACGAAUCAGCAGGGCCUGACGUGAUCUACGCGUUGGUGCAGUGCACACCGGACUUGACGGAGCAACAAUGUAGCAACUGCCUGGUGUUAGGCGUCCAGGAAAUCAGGGAUUGCUGUGACAGGUACACAGGAGGACGGUUCAUGGUGCCAAGUUGCAUGAUCCUUUACGAGACCAAUCAUCGGUUCUUCGAUCCAGUCAGUGAGCCACUUCCAUCGCCGUCGCCGCCACUGCCGCCACCACCAUCACAAGAGGCAGAUGUGCUGCCUCCACCACCAGUUGGAAAGAGCAAUUCGACAAGGACUGUGGUCAUUGCGGUCGUCGCAAGUGUUUCUGCACUACUUGUCAUCAGCCUUGUCGUGCUCCUGAAAUUGAAAAGGAAGAUGAAGCAGCCCAAACAAAGUGUUGAAGGCGAGUCUUUAUCCUUUUGCAUUGGAACAGCAACUGUUCAUGAGGUUAAAAAAGAUCAUGAAUAA